CAUAGUUAUCUCUCGCCCAACGAAACAGCUACCCAAGUUGUCCUCGCCGGCUGCCGUCAAGAAUUGCAGUGGGUUUACGUCGCCUCACGCGGCUUAAGUCGGACUCAAUCUCUUCCCCAGAAAACCGCUACUGAUUAUCCCCGUUUGGACCUGAUUACGCAACAACGGCGGGGAUUAUUCUCAACACCGGCUCAACUCUGCUUCAUAACGACCUGCAACUCAGCUCGCCCGCGACAGCUAACGAAACAAGCUUUGAUUAUGCUUUAAUUGGGG